UCCGCGUGCCGCAGCCCGCGCCGCCUGUCCCCGCCGCGCGCCUCCGUCGCCCGGCACCGCCGCCGCGCUCGCUGGCUAGCCCAGUGCAGGCGCCCGGCUCCCGCCGCAGGAGAGGACCAUCGACGCCAUCACCACCCUUUCGACCCGGGCCCGGGUCCCGGCCACGCCCCGGGCCCCGGCCCCAGCCGCCCGCCCGGCCGGGCGAUGAAGUGUCACUACGAGGCGCUGGGGGUGCGGCGCGACGCCAGCGAAGACGAACUCAAGAAGGCCUAUCGAAAGCUGGCCCUGAAAUGGCACCCGGAUAAAAAUCUGGAUAAUGCUGCAGAAGCAGCUGAACAAUUUAAAUUAAUCCAAGCAGCAUACGAUGUGUUGAGUGACCCUCAGGAAAGAGCAUGGUAUGAUAAUCAUAGAGAAGCUCUGCUCAAAGGCGGGCUUGAUGGCGAAUAUCAAGAUGACAGCUUAGAUUUGCUUCACUAUUUCACUGUUACCUGUUACUCUGGUUAUGGAGAUGACGGAAAGGGCUUUUAUACAGUGUAUCGUAAUGUUUUUGAAAUGAUUGCAAAGGAAGAACUAGAAUCUGUAUUAGAAGAGGAUGCUGAGGGUUUUCCAACUUUUGGAGACUCCCAGAGUGACUAUGAUACGGUAGUCCACCCUUUCUACGCUUACUGGCAGAGUUUUUGCACUCAGAAGAACUUUGCUUGGAAAGAAGAAUACGAUACUCGACAAGCUUCUAACCGCUGGGAGAAACGAGCCAUGGAAAAAGAAAACAAAAAGAUUCGAGACAAAGCAAGGAAGGAGAAGAAUGAGCUUGUUCGUCAGCUGGUGGCGUUCAUUCGUAAGAGAGAUAAACGAGUGCAGGCUCAUCGGAAACUGGUGGAAGAACAGAACGCAGAGAAGGCGAGGAAAGCCGAGGAGAGGAGGCGGCAGCAGAAGCUGAAGCAGGCACAACUGGCAGAGCAGUACAAGGAGCAGAGCUGGAUGACGCUGGCAGACUUGGAGAAGGAGCUCAGGGAGAUGGAGGCGCGGUACGAAAAGGAGUUUGGAGACGGGUCAGAUGAAGAUGAAGUGGAGGAACAUGAGCUCAAAGACGGACAGGAUGGUAAAGAUAGUGAUGAGGCCGAGGAUGCAGAGCUUUAUGAUGGCCUGUACUGCCCAGCGUGUGACAAAUCUUUCAAGACGGAAAAGGCUAUGAGGAAUCAUGAGAAAUCCAAGAAGCAUCGGGAAAUGGUUGCCUUAUUAAAACAACAGUUGGAGGAGGAGGAAGAAAAUUUUUCAGGACCCCAGACUGGUGAAAAUCUAUCAAAUGCCAAUUCUGAGGAAGAAAUGGAGGAUACACCAAGACAAAAGCUUUCUAAAAAACAGAAGAAAAAGAAACAGAAACCCACGCAAAAUUAUGAUGAUAAUUUCAAUGAAAAUGGAACUGGAGAAGGAGUAAAGGUUCAACCAGAAGAUACCAACUUAAAUCAUGACAGUGCCAAAGAAUUGGAAGCUAGUCCCCAAGAAAAUGUCAGUGUCACACAGACUGCGGAACUGUGUGAUGACCCAAAAAGUGAAGCUAAAAGUGUUCCUAAACCCAAAGGAAAGAAAGCCAAAGAUAUGAAAAAAGCUGUCAAAGUACCCGCCGAACCACAGACAGUGAAUGAUGUUAUCAGCUGCACAGCCUGCCAUACUGAAUUUCCAUCCCGAAAUAAACUUUUUGACCAUCUAAAGACCACAGGUCAUGCAAGAGCACCUUCAUCGUCUUCUUUAAACAGUGUAACAAGUAGUCGGAGCAAGAAAGAGAAACGUAAAAACAGAUAGACAUUCUGCCAGUGCUUUUUCUUUUUGAUUGUCUCUAGAUUUUGAAACCAAAAACUGAACUGAAAUCAUCUAAAGAGUUAAAAUUUCAGUGAUCUGCAAUUUAUUGCAUUGUGGGAGAUUACUUUUUAUCUUGUAAAAACAUUUUUUUCAUUUAAUAUAUAUUUUUAAACAUUUCAUUAGUGACUGUAUUCUACUUUUGCCAUCUGAAUUGACUUGAAUAUCUCAAAACAGGUAAAUAAUGUAAAGUAUGCAUUCUUGAUUUCUGUUGGAUCAUGUGGACAGAAAUGUACAGGGAGAAUUAAAUUAUUUUAACACAUAGAAA